AUGGCAACGACACAAGCUGCAGUAGAGAAUUGGCCCACACUUCGCGAAAUACUCGAAGACCGAUUUUUUAAGCGAUUAUUGCGGUGUUACUUAGCGGAUGAACGAUCGUCAGAGAAUUUGGAUUUCAUCGAAGCGGUUGAGAUGUAUGAGUCGCAGUACAAGUAUCUCACACCGAAGAUCCGGACUGAAGCGAUUAAUUUUAUUAAAGAGGAGUAUUUGGACCACAAUGCGGAGAAACAAGUCAACUUGUCGUAUCAAGUCCAACAACCGAUUUUAAAGAAGCUUUUGGAGACAUCGAGUGACCCCCAAAUGGAUGUUUUUAAUGAUGCAAAGAAGGCUACGGAGUACUUACUUUUCUCGGAGCAGUACACCUAUUUCAUCAAUAAAUUACAAGAGAACACCAUUUCUACGACAAAGAAAGAUGUGUACACUCUCUAUUUGAAUCAAUGUCCUAUGCCAAAGCCACUUCCGUUAUACCCACAAGUGUUACAAAACAUUAUCGAUACGGAAAGGAAGACAGACACCACUGUCGAAGAGAAGGUUGGGGGAAGUACCAAAGCUUUAUUAGACAGUUUAAUUCAGGACGAAAUGUCAUAUAUAGGAACGAUCAAUUCACUCUGUGAACUGAAGGAGAAACUGCUGACUAAGAAAAUGAUCACAAAGGAACGCGCGGGACUACUGUUGGACCAUUUACCAGUGCUCUUGUUACAUCACCAGAAGUUUGCGGGGGCUUUAGAAGAGUAUAAGAAAGACGGAAAAGGGGAUUUCGGGAGUGUAUUAAACACCGGACUCCACUUUUUGGUGUUAUAUCGGUAUUAUCUGAGACGCGUGCCAAAGAACAUCUCCGUUAUGUGUAAAUUGGUCACUUCGGACGAGUUUGGGAACGGCGCUGAGAACUCCGCGUUACCACUUUUGGACGAUUUUGAUAAACAACAGAAGAUGUCGAAGAAGAUGAGUUUGUUGUAUAUGUUACUCCAACCGUUUUUCCGUAUUCGGAAGUACCAAGAGUUUGUCGAAGAGUUCAUUAAAGCUGCGAAAAAGGAAUCGAGCGACUUGAAAGAACUUGAGACCGUCAGAGCACAACUGAAUACAUACACACGAGUGAUUGAAACGUACUCGAAAGUCCAAAAAAUCGAACGGUUGAAUGACACUUUACGCCUGUUGUUUCCAUUUUCAUUUGCGACGAAGAGUAAGAUCUUUAUGAAUAAAAAUGAGAUCAUGGGAAUAGCUAUACUCGACAAAUUCGAAAGGACUGAUAUCACACAAAUGUCAAUGUCCCUUGGAAUUAACAAGAAAAUGACUUUGAUGGUAAUGACACAAGGUGUCGUAGUCACUGACUUGCUUUUAAUCCGCAAGAAGAGUGAACACAAAGUCAUCGACAAAUCAUUUAGUUCAGUCACUUUAACUAACGACAUCAGAGAUGUCGGGAUGGAUGAACCAAACAAGAUUUUGUGGAUCGAUGUCCCCGACAUCAAAAAGAGACUUUGGUUUGGAUGCGAGAAAGAAGAAGAAUUUAGACUCUGUUACGACGCUAUUAGAUCCUUGUUGUCUAGUUAA